AUGAAGCUCUCUACUAUCCAGGCCGCCGUCGGCUCAGCAUUGCUUCUGCUGUCCGCCCAGCCCGCCGAAGCGCACGAUGGUUCCCAUCGCCACCUUCACAAGCUGAAGGAUGGUCUCAGUCCCAACGACGAACAUGAGUCGCUCGCCGAGAGGACUCUCGUCGAGAGGACCUCCGACGGAAAGGCCAUCUGCAGUCUGCCCAGCGAUGGCGAUCUGGUCAAUGUGCCGGGUGCCUCCAACAAGGGCUUUGCCAUGAGUCCUGACCAGGCCUGUGUUGAGGGAAGCUACUGCCCCAUUGCCUGUAAGCCGGGCAAGGUUAUGGCGCAGUGGGAGCCGGACUCAUCUUACACGUACCCCUCUUCUAUGAACGGCGGCCUCUACUGCGGGUCUGACGGCAAGGCCGUGAAGCCCUUUAAGAACUCGCCAUACUGCGUAGAUGGCGCUGGAACUGUCGAGGUCUACAACAACUGCGGCAAGACCUUAUCUUUCUGCCAGACCGUUCUGCCCGGCAAUGAGGCCAUGCUCAUCCCCAGCGUCAUUGACAAGUCCAUCACCCUAGCUGUUCCCGACCCCAGCUACUGGUGCAGCACGGCUGCUCACUACUACAUCAACCCGCCCGGUGUUACCGAUGAGGGCUGCAUCUGGGGCGAUUCAUCCAAGCCCGUCGGUAACUGGGCUGCCUAUGUGGCAGGUGCCAACCAGGACACCCAAGGCCGGACUUUCGUCACGCUUGGCUACAACCCCAUUUGGGAGGGUUCGGCGCUCAAGAACACGAAGCCCACCUAUGGUGUCAAGAUCGAAUGCCCCGACGGUGGCUGCAAUGGCACUCCUUGCGCCAUUGACCCUUCCUCGAGCGCAAUUGGAGAUGUGACCAGCAACCUGGCUGGCACUGGUGCAGGCAACUCCAAGUACUGUGUUGUCACUGUCCCCAAGGGAAAGAAGGGCCGCAUCGUCGUUUUCCCUUUGGAUGGUUCCGGUAGCAAGGACUCCGAAGAGAAGGAGGAGAAGAAGGAGGAAAAGAAGGAGGACAAGAUUGAAAUCAAGGUGGUCAAGUCUACGCCGUCCCCGACACCGACGCCCACUCCUACGCCGACGCCGACGCCGACACCAACGCCGACCCCGUCACCGUCCUCCUCUGCUGCGGUGACCUCCAAGAGCCCGAGCCCUAAACCCUCUAGCUCUGCUUCCUCCACUUCCUCCACAACGGCGACUCCUACCGUCAUCCCUGGUAUUUUCCACGAGAACGACAACUCAACCACGUCGUCCACCGAGUCCGAAGCGACAACUUCUGAGCCGAUUGCCCCCACCGAGACGGAAGAAUCCGCCCCCGCGACCACCUCAAAGGAGAACGAAGGCAGCAAACAAGGUGGAGGCGCUGUUGCAGGCCUCAUCAUCGCGUUUGUUGCGGCAACCUUCCUGUACUGA